AUGGCAGAGGAAACUUCAAAAAAAGUUGCAGCUGCGACAAACCCUCGAGGGAUUCCCGUUGCGCCGUUCGUCGACAAAGUAGAGGAUUAUGUCACAUCCCGCGCGGAAGUCGAAGCCACUCUGAAAAAAUUCCAGGAGAUGAUAUCGAAAUAUCAAUUCAUGGAAACAAAUAAGCAGAGGGCGGCAGUAGGACACAGGGACAAAAUUCCAGACAUCCAGAAAACACUAGACAUGGUACAGUUUCUGAAAACGAGAAAGCCUGGGUCGGCGCCAAUAGAGACUACCUUUGAGUUGAAUGACACCCUAUUCGCAAAGGCAAACAUACCACCAACGGACGAGGUAUAUCUGUGGCUUGGGGCAAACGUCAUGCUGUCUUACCCAAUCGAUGAAGCCGAGGAACUGCUCACCACGCGAUUAGCAACUGCUAAAUUGAAUUUGUCAAAUUGCGAGGAAGAUCUAGACUUUCUGCGGGAGCAAAUAACUACUAUGGAAGUUGCUACAGCAAGAGUGUAUAACUGGGAUGUGACUAUGAAGAGGAAAGAAAAGGGAGACCACGAGGCACUGGAAUCGGGAGGCAAAGAUGGCUCUUCGAAUGGCUAA